AUGUCGAAAGUGGCACUUAUAACCGGCGCAGCAACGGGGAUUGGAAGGGGAGUUGCAGAAGAUCUCGGCAGGCAAGGCUUCAAGGUUAUUGUCAUCGACUGGAAUGCCGAAGAGGGCCAGAAAAUAGCAGACCAAAUCCAUGGCGACUUCUACAAGGUCGACGUCACGUCGUGGGAACAGCAAUUCGCCGCGUUUGAGAAGACAUUUGCAAAAUAUGGCAGAAUCGAUUUCGUAUAUGCGAACGCUGGAGUUAGCGACCGGGUAGAUCAUUGCACUCCCGAGUCUACCGAGAGCUUUACCGCUGGUAAUCCGCCAGACCUGCAUACGAUGAAUAUCAAUCUCGUGGGCGUUGUCUACACCAGCCUGCUUGCCCUGCGUUAUUUCCGAAAGAAUGUAAACGUGCAAAAGCCGCUCUUACUCUCGACUUCCAGCGGAGUGGGUCUCUACCCCAACGCCGUGCAACCCAUCUAUUCUGCCUCCAAGCACGGGGUAGUUGGCCUGGCUAGGAGUUUGGGAUUGAGAUUCAAGGACGAAGGAUUCCGUUGCUGCGCAAUGGUUCCUGGUCUGGUACCCACAAACAUCAUGCCAAAGGAGACGGUUGACAAAGUCUAUAAGAAUCUCAUCACAAGUGUCUCGCAAAUGGUCGCAGCAGUCAAUGGCAUGUUGCAUAGCGAUCGGAACGGAACGGUUUGCGAAGUUAGUGUGCACAACCGCUGGUAUCGAGACCCUCCUCCUUUCCUGGAUGACGAGCAGAGGCGUAUCAUCGAAGAGGUCUCUUCUCCUCAAAACAUAGGCCAGGACUUUGCGAACUCUAGGACUCAGAAAAAGUAG